CAGCGAGACACUUUCAGAUUUUUCUUCUGUGCUUUAUUUUUUCACUUUUGAGGCCUCGUGAUGCCUCCUACAAAGCCUCUCCUCAUCUCUCUUUAUAUCUCGCUCUAUAAUUACGAGACUGAUACUGUUCUGUCCCUGGCUCCCCUCGCGGCCUUUUUUCUCAUGGAAUCUCACCGGAAAACCACUUUUGGUUUUGGGGAAUACCGGCAUCUGAAGCCACCCAUUAAGCCCAGCAUAUAAGAACAAAACAAUAUACUUGAAAACUUUCCAAUUUUUCGUCUUAUUCCAAAAGGAUAUUGUCCAAUGGCAGUGGUUUUUGACUCUGUUGCUGUUUCCUUUUCUUUGUUUCUGCUGCUGUUGAGUCAUGAACCAGUUCACUCCGAAACUGUACAAGAAAAGAAAGGCCUCCUUGCGUUUCUCUCUGGAGUUGCUCAUGCGAAUCGCCUACAAUGGAAUGCGUCCGACUCUGCCUGCAACUGGGUUGGCGUUAUCUGCGAUGGCAACCAAUCCUCUGUGUACGAACUUCGCCUUCCCGCCGUGGGCCUUUUGGGCCAGAUUGCACCCAACACCUUGGGCAACUUGACUCAGCUCCGAGUUUUGAGUCUCCGCUCGAACCGUCUCUCCGGUGAGAUCCCUUCCGAUUUCUCCAAUCUAACCUUGCUCCGCAGCCUCUAUCUCCAAAACAAUGAGUUUACAGGUGAUUUCCCACAGAGUCUGCCUCGGCUAACUCGGUUAGCCCGUCUCGAUCUCUCCUCAAACAACUUCACUGGUUCAAUCCCUUUUGAAGUGAACAGCUUGACUCAUUUAACACGUCUUUAUUUACAGAAGAACCAGUUCUCAGGCACUUUACCUAGUAUAAACCCUUCAAAUUUGACGGACUUCAAUGUGUCGAGCAACAAUCUCAAUGGUUCAAUCCCUUCGGUUUUAUCCAGAUUUCCUGCAUCAUCAUUCGCCGGAAAUUUAAAUCUCUGUGGUGACCCAUUGCCGCCGUGCAGCCCAUUUUUUCCUUCUCCAGUUCCAUCCCCAUCAGAAAUCCCACCUGAAGGCCCAGUUCACAAAAAGUCCAAGAAACUCUCCACCGCCGCCAUUGUUUUAAUAGCAGUCGGCUCCGCUUUAGUAGCUUUCUUCCUCUUGCUGUUUCUGCUGUUAUGUCUCCGGCGGAAACAGCGGAGACAGCCGUCUAAGGCACCAAAACCAACAGCGGCAGGGCGCGCGGUGCCAGUGGAGGUGGGAACGUCGUCGUCAAAGGAUGAUAUUACAGGUGGGUCAGCGGAAGCUGAGAGGAAUAAGCUGGUAUUUUUGGAGGGAGGCGUAUACAGCUUCGAUUUGGAGGAUUUAUUGAGGGCAUCUGCGGAGGUGCUGGGGAAAGGUAGCGUGGGAACUUCUUACAAAGCGGUGCUGGAAGAAGGCACGAUGGUGGUUGUGAAGAGGCUGAAGGAUGUUGUAGUAAGUAGAAGAGAGUUCGAGAUGCAAAUGGAGAUUCUGGGAAAGAUCAAGCACGACAAUGUGGUGCCAUUGAGGGCAUUUUACUAUUCCAAGGAUGAGAAAUUGCUAGUUUACGAUUACAUGCCCGCUGGUAGCUUAUCUGCUCUGCUCCAUGGUAGCAGAGGGUCGGGCCGGACACCGCUAGAUUGGGACAACCGGAUGAGAAUUGCUAUGAGCGCAGCGAGAGGCCUAGCUCAUCUCCAUGUGGUAGGAAAAGUGGUCCACGGCAACAUCAAAUCCUCCAAUAUUCUGCUACGACCCAAUCAGGACGCUUACGUCUCCGACUUCGGAAUCAACCCUCUCUUUGGCACAGCUACGCCACCCAGCCGUGUCGCUGGCUAUCGCGCCCCGGAAGUGGUUGAAACCCGUAAAGUGACCUUUAAAUCCGACGUGUAUAGUUUCGGGGUGUUACUGCUGGAACUUUUAACGGGGAAAGCACCCAAUCAAGCUUCCUUGGGCGAAGAAGGCAUUGACUUGCCCAGGUGGGUCCAGUCCGUAGUUCGAGAAGAAUGGACGGCUGAGGUUUUUGAUGUGGAGUUGAUGAGAUACCACAAUAUUGAGGAGGAAAUGGUGCAGCUCUUGCAAAUAGCAAUGGCGUGUGUUUCGACGGUGCCUGAUCAGAGACCGGCUAUGCAGGAAGUGCUCAGGAUGAUUGAGGAAAUUAAUAGGGUAGAGACCGAUGACGGGUUACGGCCGUCUUCUGAUGAUCCAUCUAAAGGAUCCGACGGACACACGCCACCUCCGGAAUCCAGGACCUCACCCAGAACUGUCACACCGUAGAAAUUCCCCUCCAGAAGAAAAAAAGGGGUAAAAGUAAAAUUAUAAAAAAAAUUAAAAAAAAGGAAGACAGGAUGGUGGGCCUGGUCUGAGGGUCUCGUUAAAAUGUGCACUCAAUGCGUAAUUAACAGUGAUUAAAGUGCGCAUUUGAUUGAGCCUUUGAGGGAAGUGGCUCAAAUAUGUGUUUUUUUCCUUAAUUUUCUUGGGUUUAUUUUAUUUUAUUUCAAUUUUAAUCUGCAAGAUUUUUACAGGUGGGAGAGGAUUCGAAUUGUUUUUAGAGGGGGGAGGGGAGGGGAGUUCCAUGAACUGAUUGGAAUUUCACCAAAUUGAUGGAUUUAGUUGGCUUGUAUCUAAUUCUUUAUUUUUCGUGUAUUUGUUAUAUGAUGAAACCAAUCUGUUGUCCUGACUCAACAGUGCAUUGGGUUUUGUUGUUUCAAUUUAAUGACCAGGACUGCAAUGCAAGUAGCUAACUAGAAUGGGAACUGAUGAAGAUUCCAGGGCUCGUUUUGUGGUAGAAAUAGAAUAAGGCCAAGCAGUUUGUUUGUCCUCUUGUUCUAAUUUCACUAUUGUUGACUUGUGACUGUGAGGCCUGCCAGUGGCGGAGUGUUGAAGACUUGAACCUGCGCGUGCAUUGUUUUAUUCUACUGAGCCCACACGGUCACAAAAAGGAGGCCCUGCUUGGUCCGAAGACCGAUUUCUGGAGUGUUUUUAACUCACAGUCAGGUCCAUGAUAAUCCAUGGGUUUGGUCCCAUCAUGGAUAAUGAGGUGCCACUUGCAGGUUAGGGUUUUGGUGGGCCAGGGAUUAUCGACAUGUGGAAGGAGGCAAGGAAGAAUGGUGGUGGGGAACAGGCUGGCCGACGUUCGGCUUUUUAGUCUUUCUUUGCCUUCCCUA